AGGCAGGUGCAUCAAUGAGGGAGGUCAUUGCCGCCCUGAGUUCAGGCCCGUUGCAGAUGCAGAGAGAGUCUUCCAGAGUGAGUGACAGCUGUCAAUCUGGAUGGGAGGGAAGCCUUUGCUGGACCGGCACCAUGCCCUGCUUGGCCAAGGGACCGAGGAGGAGAUGGAAAUAUUUGGCUACAGGACCCAGGCCUUCCGGAGGGCCCUUUGCAUUGCCGGCUACCUCUUCUCCUGCGGAGCCCUUCUGCUCUUCUUCUACUGGAAGCCGAACUGGGACGUCUGGGCCAACUGUGUUCCCUGCGACCUGGAGGAGGCCGAUAUUGUAUUGUUAAGGGCAACAGAUGAAUUCCGGAGAUACAAGAGGAAGAAGGUGAUCUCCCUCGAUCUGCAACAUCUUCUGGACAGUGAGAAACCGGAGCAGCUCUUCGGCGAAGACCAGGAAUCUGUCAUCCACAGAGCCAUCACCCGGCCUGGAGGCAAAGUGAGGUACAUCCAGGUGCAAAAACUCCGCUACAUCUGGGAUGUUCCCGGAAAGGCCUUUGUCAGAGUUGGGUCGCUUGAGGACAGCAACACGUGCUAUCAGAUACACCAGAAAUUUGGAGACGGGCUGACCCGGAGGCAGAGAGAACUCAGGAAGUUGGUGUGUGGACCCAAUGCCAUCGAGAUCGAAAUCCAGCCCAUCUGGAAACUGCUUUUCAAAGAGAUCCUGAACCCAUUCUAUGUCUUCCAAACCUUCUCCCUGACCCUCUGGAUCUCCUUGGAGUACUAUGAGUUUGCCUCGUUCCUCGUUGUCCUCUCCAUCAUCUCCAUCGGGAUCACUGUCUAUGACCUUCGGCAGCAAUCCGUCAAACUUCACAACCUGGUAGAGGAGCACAACAAGGUCCGUGUCACCGCCUGGACCAAACAUGAAGGUGGGCACCAGAUGGAGUCCUGCCACUUGGUCCCGGGAGACGUCCUCCUCUUAGAAGGGCAGAAGCUCUCCUUGCCCUGCGAUGCCAUCCUCCUGGACGGAAGCUGCGUGGUCAACGAAGGCAUGCUCACAGGUGAGAGUGUCCCGGUGACCAAGACCCCUUUGCCCCAAGCGGACAACGUCCAGCCCUGGAAGAAGCACAGCCUGGAGGACCACCGGCGCCACGUCCUCUUCUGCGGCACAGAGGUCAUCCAGACCAGGCCCAGCGGCAAAGAGCCGGUCAGAGCCAUCGUGUUGCAGACAGGUUUCAACACGGCCAAAGGGGACCUGGUGCGGUCCAUCCUCUACCCGAAGCCCCUCAACUUCAGACUCUACAAAGAGGCCUUCAUCUUCAUUGCCUGCCUGAUCGUUCUUGGCCUCCUGAUGAUGAUCUAUUCCGUUUGUGUGUAUGUAAAGAACAAGAGACCUGCAACAGAGACAGCACUGAUGUCGGUGCUCCUCUUCAGUGGAAUCGUCACUCCAGCCCUCCCGGCCGCCUUGACCACCAGCAUCGUCUACGCCCAGCGGAGGUUGAAGAAGAGGAAGAUCUUCUGCAUCAGCCCUCAAAGGAUCAACAUCUGUGGGCAGCUCAACCUGGUCUGCUUCGACAAGACUGGCACCUUGACUGAGGAUGGGCUGAAUCUCUUUGGCGUCGCCCCUUGCCAGGACGCAAGCUUCCUCCCCUUGCACAGCUUCUCCUCGGGCCCUCUGCCCUGGGGACCCCUGUGCCAAGCCAUGGCCACCUGCCACUCGCUCCUCUUCCUGGAGGGGAGGAUUCAGGGGGACCCCAUGGACCUCAAGAUGUUUGAAGGCACCGGAUGGGAGAUGGAAGAAUCCGGUUCAGGGGACCCAGAGAGUGGUGCGCCAAAGACAUGCUCCGUGGUUAAACCAGGACCCAAGGCUUCCAAGGCCCCGUCGGAAGGGAUGUCCAUCCUGCACCAGUUCCCCUUCUCCUCGUCUCUGCUGCGGAUGUCGGUCGUCACCAAAGAGCUGGGCAAGGACACCCACGGACUCUACAUGAAGGGAGCCCCCGAGACCGUGGCCGGAUUCUGCGAACCAAAGACCGUGCCCCCCUCCUUCCAAGCGGAGCUGAAGUCCUUCACGGCCCAGGGCUUCCGGGUCAUUGCCUUGGCCCACAAAGAGCUCUCUCUGGACGCAGCGGACAGCCUCAGGGACCUGGACAGGAACGAAAUGGAGUCCGGCCUGACCUUCCUGGGCCUCCUGGUCAUGGAAAACCGGCUGAAGGACGAGACCCGGCCUGUCCUGGAGGAGCUCAGGGAGGCCCGCAUCCGGACCGUCAUGGUCACAGGCGACAACCUGGAGACAGCCAUCACGGUGGGCAGGAACUCCGGCAUGAUCCCUUCGGGAGACAGAGUGAUCCUGGUGGAAGCCAGUGACCCUGAAGAUCCCCACCCGGCAUCCGUUUCUUGGCAGGAGAUGGAGGACAUGCAGCCCUGCAAGGAGAAGAACCAAGUAAGGCACUAUACAUUCUAGUCCUCCACAGACAAUGGCAGCAGCACCAGCAAUUUCCACUUUGCUUUGAACGGGAAGACCUUUCAGGUGCUCCAGAGGUCCUUCAGCCAUUUGUUGCCAAAGAUUCUUGUGAAUGGAACGGUGUUUGCACGGAUGUCUCCAGGGCAGAAGUCCAGCCUGGUUGAGGAGUUCCAGAAACUGGAUUACUAUGUGGGGAUGUGCGGAGAUGGCGCCAACGACUGUGGGGCUUUGAAGAUGGCUCACGCGGGGAUCUCUCUCUCGGAGCAGGAGGCCUCUGUGGCCUCGCCCUUCACCUCCCAAACUCCAAACAUCGAGUGCGUCCCAGAACUCAUCCGGCAAGGCCGUGCCGCCCUCGUGUCCUUCUUUGGGGUGUUCAAAUACCUGAUCCUGUAUGGCAUGCUCAACUCCAUUGCUUGCUGCCUGCUUUAUUGGCAAAUACAGCUUCUUGGGAAUUAUCAGUUCCUCCUGCAGGACGGCAUUGCCAUGGUUGCCUGUCUGACAAUGAGCCUGACCCAGGCCUACCCCAGGCUGGCCCCCUUCCGCCCCUCCGGGCGCCUCAUCUCCCCACCACUUCUGGUCUCCAUCAUCUUCAGCAUCCUCUCAGCCCUCGCCAUCCAGACGUGUGGCUUCGUCUUUGUCAGGCAGCAGCCCUGGUAUGCAGAGGUCCGCAGCUAUGGGCCGUGCCCCACUGGAAACCACUCCUCCGAAGGCACAUUGGCCGUAGGUCACCCGGUGCUGAGCUACGAGACCACCACCAUCUACCACCUGUCCUGCCUCGACUGCUGCAUCCUGGCCUUCAUCUUCUGCAAAGGGAAGCCCUUCCGGAAGCCCAUCUACACCAACUAUAUUUUCUCCUGCCUGAUGUCCAUCUGGCUUGGGAUUUCAGUGUUCAUUCUCUUUGCUGACACACAGGUUGUGUACAAGGGGCUUCAGCUCCUCUGCAUCCCUACUCACUGGAGGGUCUGCAUUCUGGUCAUGAUGGUGGUCCGGUUUGCCAUCUCCUUUUUUGUGGAGGAUGCCGUCCUGGAGAACCAUCGCCUGUGGCUCUGGGUGAAGGCCCGCUUCCAGAUCCGCUCCUCCAGCAAAUACCGGAAGCUGCAAAGGCAGAUGGAUGGGGAUGUGUCUUGGCCUCCGAGGAACCACAGAGAUUUUGCAGCAGAUGGGGAAAGCAAUGGAAAAAGCGAGGUCUACAUCAACCCCUGUUAUGAAAAUGGCAAAGAAGACUAGCUGGCUGGCUGGCUGGUGGACAAGGGCUUGCCGAGUUUCCUCAUUGCUAUUGUUGUUGCGUGCCUUUGAUGUGUGAUUUCAGCUUCCACCGUUUCGUGGAUUCAGGGUCCCGGCAUGCCUAGGCUCCAAACGUCAAAUGAGACACAAGCAGAUGGAAGGCAAAGGACGGAGGCUUUAUUUGCUCAUCCAAAGUGGAUGCCAGGAGCAACUGCAUUCUGAAAUCUGACAUAAAGGCAAUACAGAGACAUUGAUAGGAGUUUGACAGCUAUUCAAACCAUGGACUUUUGUCACUCUGAGCGCAAGCUGAUGCCAACUAGAAUCAGCUCUGUGAUUGGUCGAGGCAUGCCGUCUGCCGCUGAUUGGUCCCCCAGUCUGCGGGAACUUUAAUAAACUGUCAUUACUCACUU